UUUAGGUCGAAAUGUUAUCAGACGAACAAUCGUCUGAGCCAAGACAGAGGAAUAGUACAGAAAUUGAGUUUUCGUCUAUUGCAAAUGAAAUUAAUGACCGCUCGUUGGAUGAUGAAGAUAUGACAAUUCAAAAUAUAAACCAAUCCAAGCAUCAAGAUGAUUUGAAUUCUGGAUCCAAUCACUACGAAGAAACUUCAGAAGAAACAAACAUGUCACCCCGGCUUCAGGGAAAAGUGUCCCCCGAGCUUAAAUCGGAUUCAACAGACCAUCAAAAUUGUGUCUCUAUUAUUCAGGCUCAUGGCAGAGAUAUACUGCAUGAAAUAGAUUCACCAACGAACUCUUCCGAAAAAUCGGAAAGUCAGUCACAGUACAUCGAAACGAAACCAGUAAUACAACCAAUUACAUUGGAAGUACAAGUUAAGAAUCCUAUAGUUAGCCACGAAGUUCAUGCUACUCAGCAGAAAGGCGACUCUGAUGAAGUUCUUAAUACCAGAGCACCAGACGAAUCAUUCGAAACGGCUGAAAUACCCGUUGCACUAAAAUUGAGCGCUACUAAUUUCGACCAAUUUAGUUCUGGGAGAGUUGAAAAUAAUGGUCAUUUGGAAAUCACUGAACACAAAUUGCUUUCUACGCAAACUGAGAUGAUAAAUGGCCCCGAAGUACCCGAAAAUGGCUCCAUUGAGCAGUUAAAUAACGUCGACCAUGAGACUGGAGAGGAAUGUGCUGCAAACAGGGAAAGCGCGGAGAAAGGAAUCAGCAAUAAUUCAGAAGUCAGCUGCAAACUUGAGAAUAGUAUCUCAGAAUUCACAGAAUCGAUAGGAUACGUCGCUGAAAACAUUGAUAGAUUGAUCCAAGAAAGUCAAAGCACUUCAGAAAGUCAUCCUUUGCCACAGAAGAAAGUGAGUUUAAAAAAGGUGGAAAAAGCGCUGAUUGAUCCACAAUGUGUGAAAGAUGUGAGCAAGUCAUGUGAAAAAAUCGUAGCUGCUGUUUUUGCGCUGCUUGAAGUUCUGCAGAAACAACUCCAUGAAAUGAGUGCUCUUACAAUUGGCUACGUACAAGUUCACAGAGAUAUCGGGUUCAAGGUCACCGAAAGUGUGGACGACCUUCUACGUGCUCUUUUCUCGCUCAUAUCAAAAAUAGAACAGAUCGACUUGAAAAUGACUCCGGUUUAUGAACUCAGGGACCAGACUAAACGCCUAAGAACAUCGUUAGAACAACUUGACAAAUUGUUCUAAUAUGGAAGACCAGGCCUUAUAUCCAGCUAAAUUAUAUCAUGUUCCUUUCGCUGAUCUAUAUAAUUCUUAUUUAAUUAGAUAGAAAUUUCUUAGUUCUAAAAUUUAGAUGAUAAACUGUCUAUUUUGUAAUACUGACCUAACUUGGUUCAAAUGUUAAUUUAGCGUU